CCCGUUAGGCUCCGAGGCCAGAGGAGGGAGGAGAAAGCAAGAGAGGAAGACAGCCUCGACUUCAGCAGCCGCUCCCUCCCGCCGGGCUCCGCCGCCACAGUCUCCAGGGCCCCCCCGCCGCCGUCUCAGUCGUCAUGUUCCGAUACCUCGGGGAAGCGCUGCAGCUGUCUCGAGCCGGGGCCUCGGCCUCUGCUGCCGCCGCUGCCGCGGUAGACCCCGCUGCCUCCGCCCUGCUCCUGCGGGCCCGGGGCCAGCCCGCAGCCGCGCCGCCCGCCCCUCGACGCCUCUACAGCGAGGCUGCCGGGUCCCGGGAGGACGAUCCCAACUUCUUCAAUAUGGUGGAGGGCUUCUUCGACCGCGGCGCCAGCAUCGUGGAGGACAAGCUGGUGGAGGACCUGAAGACGCGGGAGAGCGAAGAUCAGAAGCGCAACCGGGUGCGCGGCAUCCUGCGCAUCAUCAAGCCCUGCAACCAUGUGCUGAGCGUCACCUUCCCCAUCAAGAGGGACGACGGCUCCUGGGAAGUGAUAGAAGGCUACAGGGCGCAGCACAGCCAGCACCGCACACCCUGCAAGGGAGGUAUCCGUUACAGUACAGAUGUUUGUGUGGAUGAAGUAAAAGCUUUGGCAUCUCUGAUGACUUACAAAUGUGCUGUGGUUGAUGUGCCAUUUGGAGGAGCCAAAGCUGGUGUUAAAAUCAAUCCCAGGCAUUAUACAGACAAUGAGUUGGAAAAGAUCACAAGAAGGUUUACCAUGGAGCUAGCAAAAAAGGGCUUUAUUGGACCUGGUAUUGAUGUCCCUGCUCCUGACAUGAGCACAGGUGAAAGGGAGAUGUCCUGGAUCGCAGAUACCUACGCCAGUACCAUAGGGCACUAUGAUAUUAAUGCACAUGCCUGUGUCACUGGGAAACCCAUCAGUCAAGGUGGUAUCCAUGGGCGUAUCUCAGCCACUGGUCGCGGUGUCUUCCAUGGAAUUGAAAACUUCAUCAAUGAAGCUUCUUACAUGGGCCUUUUGGGAAUGACACCAGGAUUUGGAGAUAAAACAUUUGUUGUUCAGGGAUUUGGUAAUGUCGGCCUUCACUCAAUGAGAUAUUUACAUCGUUUUGGUGCUAAAUGUGUUGGUGUUGGUGAGAUCGAUGGCAGCAUCUGGAAUUCAGAUGGCAUUGACCCGAAGGAGCUAGAAGAUUAUAAAUUGCAACAUGGAUCAAUUGUUGGCUUCCCCAAGGCAAAGCCCUAUGAAGGAAGUAUUUUGGAAGCAGAUUGUGACAUACUUAUCCCUGCUGCUGGUGAGAAACAGUUGACGAAGUCUAAUGCUUCCAGAAUCAAAGCAAAGAUCAUUGCUGAAGGUGCCAAUGGACCCACAACCCCAGAGGCUGACAAGAUUUUCCUGGAGAAGAAUAUUCUGGUUGUGCCUGAUCUCUACUUGAAUGCUGGAGGUGUGACAGUGUCUUACUUUGAGUGGCUGAAAAAUCUCAACCAUGUCAGCUAUGGCCGUCUGACAUUCAAAUACGAAAGGGAUUCUAACUACCACCUGCUCAUGUCUGUUCAAGAAAGUUUAGAAAGAAAGUUUGGCAAGCAUGGUGGUGCUAUCCCAGUUGUACCUACAGCGGAAUUCCAAGACAGGAUAUCAGGAGCCUCCGAGAAGGACAUCGUGCACUCCGGGCUAGCCUACACGAUGGAGCGCUCUGCCCGGCAAAUUAUGCGCACUGCCAUGAAGUAUAACCUGGGGCUGGACUUAAGAACUGCUGCCUAUGUCAAUGCAAUCGAGAAAAUCUUCAAAGUGUACAACGAAGCCGGGGUGACCUUCACCUAGACGAGUGGUCCUCGUGGCGCGCAGAGCAUCCUUUCCUCACCGCUUCCUCUUCUGUUCCCUCUUCGAGCCUAUCACAAGUUUACACGUAACCACAGAAAUACCUUUUCCCUCCUGACUUACUCUAGUGAACGCUUCCCAGCCAGCUUCAGUCCAAAUUAGUCUUUAAUUUUGUUUAACUCAGACGAGGCAUGUGCAGACUCCCGGCUCUAACCGUAGCUGGCGGGCAGCUCGAGGCCCCGGGGGGCAACUUGGCUGCUCAGGCCGCUGCCUCCUCCUCUGGGCUCCUCUCGAGUCAGUCCUGCUGCACCGGCUGAGCGUCCGGUGAGCCGGGCCGUCCGUCAGCUCCCCCCUCUCCUCGGCUCUCUGCACUUUGGGUGAACGCUAGAGCUUGCUUGGAGGCUUGGAAGAGGGCCUUCUUAGGACUCGUGCUUGGUCACUGCUGGAAGAGAGAAUGGCCGUCCUGCAGGGAGUUAGAGUGUUACUUUACAUCAGCAAAAUAGCUCCAUUUGACUGUUGCAGAAUUAGAGACUGUUUUCUCUCUUAGUCGACUUUUUCCUCCUUUUUUAAGAAAAAAAAAAUCCAUGCUGCUGUAAUAGAAUUGCCUUUAAUCACUUAUCAAACCCAAUCUUGACUCAAGCAGUGAGAUGCCUAUAAAUGUGGAUGAAAGAAGCUAGUAUUUUUAUAAUCUGAAAAGAACAGUAUCAUUUAUAGUUUAUCACCUGUGUAUAGUUAUCCAACAAAAAUUAAAAUCCACUUCCUAAGAAUAGAAGAUUUUCAUCUUUAUAACUCAACAGCUGAAUGGGGCUUGUCUUUCUUUUAACAUUUAAAAAUAUUCUGAACUUUGCUAAAUGUAAUCCUGGUGUGGUCCAACGGAUUUAGUUACCUCUUCAUUGUAAAAAAAAAUUAGAGGUUUUUUUUGGGGGGAGGGUGCAUUUUGCUUUGAGAUCUGAUCAGAUUAUUAGAUAUUAUGGUGCCUCAUUGAAAAGUGAAUUAAAAUAUGAAGUCUAACCAGAAACAGUUUUGACCUUGUCAUUUGGACCCUCUGGUGGCUCUAAAUUUUGGUCAAUGACUUAGUCUCUGGAAGUCUUUGUAUUUUCUCUUUAUUUAGAGACCUCACAUUCUGAAUGUAAUGAAGCCUAACAAAGUGGACCUUGACACAAAAUUGGAUCAAAUCUGGUUGUUUUUGUUUUGGAUAAGUUUAUUUCUUUGGGGUUACUUGGGGAAGGCCUUUUGUCUAGAGUCCCAAUGAAGUGCCAGAUAUUAUUUAUACAGUGAAAGAAUUCUCCAUCUCCCCCCUUUUUUAAGAAAAAAAAAUCACAGAAAUUUCAUGUUUUUUUUUCUAAUACUUUGUAACUGCAUGACUUACUUAACAGGUUGAUAAAAGCAGUUAUUAAAAAGCUCAUCUUUUUCAAACCUA